GCAUGCUCAAUUGACGCCAUUUUUUUCUCUGUUGAGAACGUGGGUGAAGGAUAUUUCAAGAAAAAGACUUUAAAUUAAGUUUAGAAUGCCGAAGAACAAAGGAAAGGGUGGUAAAAAUCGACGAAGGGGAAAGAACGAGAACGAGUCAGAGAAACGUGAACUUGUCUUUAAAGAAGAUGGUCAAGAGUAUGCUCAAGUCUUGAAGAUGUUAGGAAAUGGAAGGUUGGAGGCACUUUGUUUCGAUGGGGCUAAGCGACUUUGUCAUAUUCGCGGAAAACUUCGCAAAAAGGUCUGGAUCAAUACUGGUGAUAUUAUACUCCUUGGACUGCGUGAUUACCAGGAUAACAAAGCAGAUGUCAUUUUGCGUUACAAUCCUGAUGAAGCACGGAACUUGAAGGCCUAUGGAGAGCUCCCAGACAAUAUUAAGAUCAAUGAAAAUAUUGGACAAGGAGGAGAAGGAGAAGAAGAUGAAAUCCAAUUUGAUGAUUUUGAGGAUGAUGGAGAAGAUGAUGCUGAUAUUGAUGCAAUUUAAUGGUAACUCAACAAACACCAACCCAGAGAAAAGAAUACCAUAUUACUUUGCUUUCAUAGCAUUACCUCAAGCAGAAAAUACUAAAUACAUAUUAUCAUAUUUUAUAAAUGUGCUAUCUUUUGCAAGUGGCUUCACUAAUUUUAGCAUGUUUUUAAGAAAAUGAUACAUCAAAUGGUUCUGAACCAUUAUUGGAACAUUAUGUCUUGCUUCCAGUAGAAGAACAGUGUUCCUUUAAAUGAUUAGGAUUGUGAGAUAUAAGCACUUGUUAUUCUUAUUAGAAAUCACCUAAUAUUAUACAACUGUUUGAAUAUUUUUUUGUAAAGAAAUGUUAAGCUUAAUAUUAUAGGCACUCAAUUACUGGUCCUCUAUAAGUUAAGAUGCAAGGCUGGUAUUCCUACAUGUUGUCAAUAGGACUUGAAAUCUUUUUGUUUGCCUAUAUAUUGUUUCAUGCACAAACUUUAGCUUCAAAGUUGUUUCAGAUAUACUUCAUUGUUUGUACUGCAUAUCACCUUGAACCUUCAAGAUAACAAUUUUCCCUAUUUAAAAUUAUUCACUCUGUUUUUCUUGUUAAUCAUAUAGAUAAAAUUGACUUAGAUAAAUGUAAGGAAGAACUACACUUCUCAGUGAAAGGGUUGAUUUUGCUUGUGUAUGACAAUGAAAGUAAUGUGUGUAUGUAAAAGAUGUUAAAUUGGUAUUGUUGCACUAGAAAAUCUACUUCUUGCAAAUUAUCCUCUAAAAUUUGACAGCAAGCAAAAUACAACAGUUAAAAACAGCAGGCAGAAGUUGUAAGCCUGUUGUCAAACAUAGUUUUGAUUAAAAUUGCCACUCCUUCUGGA